CCUUGUAAAGUUUACAUCGUCACAAACACCAAGAAGCUCAGCACCAGCCCACGCGUUACCAAAAUGGCUCAAGCUCAAGGUGCACAGCCUGGUCAAAUCGAAAUCACAUCCCUCCCCGUCCCCCGCCUCCAGGAACUAAAAACCCAACUCGACGCCGAGCUCACCCACCUUUCCAACUCGUUCCAAUCGCUGCGCACCGCCCAAUCCAAGUUCCGCGACUGUCUGAACUCCAUCUCGACAGGCCUUACACCAGCUACCGUCUCGAAACCGCUGCUCGUCCCCUUGACAUCUUCGUUAUACGUACCGGGCAGACUCACGGAUCAUGAGCACGUGCUGGUGGAUGUAGGCACGGGUUUCUUUGUGGAAAAGGAUAUUGCCAGUGCAAAAGACUUCUAUGAGCGCAAGGUGAAGGAUUUGGGCGACAGUUUGAAGGACUUGGAGGGUGUUGUGCAGGGCAAGGCGCAGAAUGUCAGAGUCGUGGAGGAGGUUAUCAGGCUCAAGGUCAUGAACGCACAGGAAGGAAAGGGCGAAGAACAAGGCAGCUGAGGUGUUGCGAGCAAUGAGCAAACACCAUGUCGGAAGACCAAAAACCAGUAUAGGACAAGCCGCAUGCGGCACGAGUAAAAGCACGGCUGGAGCACCAAGCGGGUCUGUAAAAAGAGCUACGAAAGUUCAUGGCCCAAGACUGGUGCCAAGUACUUGUGGUAUUGGCAUCAUAAUAUAUGAGAAUGAAGCCCUCAGGUCUGCAGCCUACAUCAAGAUGAAAACAUGCAAAGUAGAUGACCUAACGUCAAU